UCACAAAUAUGAGCGAGUCUCUUCUUAUUUCGACAUUGAUAAGAAAGAUCGUCGUUUGCAGCCGGCCGUUUUCUUUUCUCCCUUACUCCGUAAUUCCCAAUAAAAAUAAUCCGGUCACUUAUCUGUUUCGUCGUUCGAUAUUCGGUGUGAUUUCCUCCCUCCUAAAAAGUGUUUUUGAAGUAUUCAUCGCUUAUGUAAUGUUCACGACCCUCUUUGGCGUUUACAAACAACAUGUGGCAGCGGAAAAUCUUUUCCUGGUUAUCAUUUAUGGUAGCGGAAACGUAUUAGCGGUGAUACACGAACUCCAUGGAGCUCUGAAUCAACAACAGAUUGCAGAUAUAAUCAACGAGAUUCAAUCGAUCGACGAUAAACUGAUUAAUUUAAACAUCAUUCCAAACAAUAAUCGCGUAGUCCAAAUAGCUGGGGGAUGGGCAAUCGGCAGCGGAAUUCUUUGGAUUAUUUUAGCAGCGACUCACGAGUUGAUUUUCUUAGACGUAAUUCUGCUCUGGAUCGGUUUCGUUCUUCCUUAUCUCUUGAUGUACAUCAGUACAUUCCACUUCGCCGGUAUUGUACUACUGAUAUCCCAUCGUUUCGAAUUGCUGAACGAUAAUUUUCGAGAUAUUUCCACCUACGUUAAUUCUCUGAACGAGUUCACGGAAACUUUGGGAAUCGCUGGCUCCGACAUAAUCUGGGGUAUAAUAAAACGCACAGAAGUAAAAUGCUAAUGAUGAAUAUUUGAUCAAUUGUAUUCUGCUUUUGUUCUUUCGUUGCUUUAAUCACAUUCCAGAAACGGAAUACCGUCUAGAAGUUCUCAGAAAUUUGAGACAGGCGAUCGUGAAAGUGAC